AUGCGUGGUAGAAGGAAAACUCAGAUGACUGAAUUCGUCCUCCUGGGAUUCAGGGAUCAUCCCGAGCUGCAGUGUCUUCUUUUUGUAAUUUUCCUACUUGUCUAUAUGAUCACUGUGGUUGGGAACCUUGGCAUGAUCUUAUUAAUCAGCAUCGACUCACGUCUCCACACUCCCAUGUACUUCUUCCUCAGUAACUUGUCCUUUGUUGAUUUCUGCUACUCCUCUGUCAUAGCGCCCAAUAUGCUGGUGGAUUUCUGGGUCGAAAACCCAGUCAUUUCAUUUAGUGGAUGUGCUACUCAGUUCUUCUUUUUUGGUUCUUUUGCCGGCAUUGAGGGCUUCCUGUUGGCUGUGAUGGCUUAUGACCGCUAUGUGGCAAUCUGCAAGCCUCUCUUGUAUACAGUCCUCAUGACCCCCCGUCUCAAUGUCCUCUUGGUGUCAAUUACAUAUACUGCGGGCUUUAUAAACGCUGCCAUUCACACUGGACUCACCUUCCAGCUGUCUUUCUGCAACUCAAACAUCAUCAAUCACUUUUUCUGUGACACUCCGCCCCUCCUUAAACUCUCUUGUUCUGACACACGGAUCAAUGAGGUGGUUAUUUUUGCUUUUGCUAGCUUUAAUGAGCUGAGCUGUCUCCUGACUCUUCUCAUCUCUUACCUCUACAUUCUGACUGCCAUUCUGAGGAUCCAGUCAGCUGAGGGGAGACACAAAGCUUUCUCCACCUGUGCCUCUCACCUGAUGGCUGUCACCAUUUUCUUUGGGACAAUCUUAUUCAUGUAUCUGCGCCCCAGCUCCAGUUAUUCAAUGGACCAAGACAAAGUGGUGUCUGUGUUUUAUACCGUGAUCAUCCCAAUGUUAAAUCCACUCAUCUACAGCCUGAGAAACAAAGAGGUGAAAGCUUCCGUUGGUAAAAUCUUCAAAACUAACACUUUUAACUUGUGUUGUUGA